CUUCUUCCACAACAAUCAAAUUUAACGAAUCCUUAAAUCCCAAAUUUUAACGAAUCGAAAUUACAACAUUCGAUAAAUGCCAGGAACUAUACAAGUUUCAGUUCUGGGUCUUAGGGAUGUUCAGACAUCUUCUUCUCCAGGUUCUUCAGACACUUCCAUUAAAGUUGCUAUGGGGAAGCUAGAGUAUCGAACUUCGGAUUCAGGAGACUACAUUUUUCCAGUUACGAGGCUCCGAGAAAAUUUGAUCGUUAGUCUGUUAGAUGUCAAUGGAAACGGAAUAUUACACAGAGAGAUAGAGACCAGAAUGAUAAUAGAGAGUGGCUUAUUGGAAGAGAAACUUUCAUUCAAUGGGUAUGGAGAUGUCGAAUUGAGAAUGCAGUUUUUUCUUAGUGAAGAAGAUCGUAAUCGCAUACGUUUUCUGACAAUCUGCAUUGAGAAAGAAGCACGAGGAGCUUGUCAAUGGCAGUUUUUUUACCAAAUCUAAAAGCAUUGCUUCAGGUUAAUCUAUGAAAUGAAAUAGGAAUUUUUACUCUCCUAUUAUUUUUUUUUUGGUGUGGUCUUACAUUGUUAAGUUUGCGUUUCUAAAUGUUUGUUCUUUUCUCCGGCUUGUCUUUCUCUUGAUGUUAUGAGAGAUCUGUCUUCUUUAAGUGCAAUGCAAACCCGAGAAACCAUGGCUGCUGCUAGUCCAAAGACAAUUCUUGGUCUUUCUCAAGAAACCGAGCUUAAAAUUAGUGCAGAUAGAGAACUGGUUUCUUCAAAUCUUAUAAUGUGGAAGCCUGAAGUAAAGGACAUAGUUGAGAAGACGAAAAAUCAACCAUCUUCUUCAGAUGUUUCUUCAAUCAAGAAGUCUUCAAGCAAGAAGCUUUUAGAGGUUAAGAAACCCGAGAGUGUAUCUUUAGUGAAGCAAGAAGAUAAAGAUUUGAGCAAACAAGAAAGAAUUCCUCCUAAACGGAAAUCAAUGAGGCGGAGUAUGUCGGAGACAAACUUGAGUAAUGUGCGGAAAAUGAUUAGCACCUUUGAGAUUAAAGUGACUCAGGAUACAAAACUUCAGAGAGCGAAGAUUCAAACUGAUUCUUGUAAAGAUGUGACGGAGAAAACCAAGGCGCAAUCACAACCGGAAAGCUCUGUGAAUGUAGAGAAACCGGAAGAAAAGAAGAUAAGCUCUGAGGAUAUGGAGAAGACGGUGUGUGUAGAUAACACAGAGAGAUGUGAUGAUUUAGUUAUAGUUUCAAGAGAUGAAAGUACAGUAGUUAUAGAGGAGAAGAGUCCUGAACAGAUCACUAGAAGAAGUGACUCUGUGCGUUUGAAAGAUUAUCAACUUGAGAAUGCGCGAGGAUCACGUCUCUGGAUAUUUCCAGACGAGGCAAAGGAUUUGUCUUGCGAAACAGAUUUUGGAACAAGACAUUUGGAUUUGAGAGAAGCUACUUUGGUACAAAAGAAGACAGAAGAAUCCACCAGGGAAAAUAUCGGUGAGAGGGGAUUCAGCUGCAGAAGCAUCGCGAAAAUGAAUAGCAACAACAAGUGGAAGAACAUUGAGAGAUCAAAGAAACAGAAGUCUGAGACAUAUGCAGAUUCAGAAAGUUCAAGAGGACCUGUUGGGCAGGUGAUGCGUGCAUUGAUUGUGGUGGGUUUUGCAGGCUUGGUGUUUUUGACACGGCAGUGAACUUAAACAGAUGAACCGCUGUAUUUGAGUCUUUGAGAUGGUACUAUUGGAUCAAUUCUUUUUUAAACCAGGCUGUAAAAGAUUUCACGUUGCACAUAAUAAUAGUAUGGUUAUGACUUAUGACGAUCAAAAACAUACAAAGCUUCAAGCUUGAUGAUUGACUACACAGAGUUCUUCUUGGCUAAAUUAAUUACUCAGUCGAAACAAGAAAUGGCUACGGUUAAAACCAGACUGUAGUAUUGAAUCAAAAUAUAUUCGGACGGAUUGUAAUAAUAGUUUACAAUAUUGAAUCAACACUUUUAUAAA